AUGUUAGGUACGGUGAAAAUGGAAGGGCACGAAACUAGCGACUGGAACAGCUACUACGCGGAAUCUCAGGAGGCCUACUCCUCAGUGCCCGUCAGCAAUAUGAAUUCGGGCCUAGGCUCAAUGAACACCAUGAAUACCUACAUGACUAUGAACACCAUGACCACCAGUGGCAACAUGACGCCAGCUUCUUUCAACAUGUCCUAUGCCAACCCAGGCCUAGGGGCCGGACUAAGCCCAGGUGCUGUGGCAGGAAUGCCAGGAGGUUCAGCUAGUGCCAUGAACAGCAUGACUGCUGCAGGGGUGACCGCCAUGGGAGCCGCCCUGAGUCCUGGGGGCAUGAAUGCCAUGGGAGCUCAACAGGCUGCCUCCAUGAAUGGACUGAGUCCCUACCCUGGAUCUAUGAACCCCUGCAUGAGCCCUAUGGCAUAUGCCCCUUCCAACCUUAGCCGCAGCAGGGGGGACGCCAAAACCUUCAAGCGGAGCUACCCGCAUGCCAAGCCCCCCUACUCCUAUAUUUCCCUCAUCACCAUGGCCAUCCAACAAGCUCCCAGCAAGAUGCUGACCCUGAGUGAAAUCUAUCAAUGGAUUAUGGACUUAUUUCCCUAUUACAGGCAGAAUCAACAGCGCUGGCAGAAUUCCAUUCGCCAUUCGCUCUCAUUCAAUGACUGCUUUGUCAAGGUGGCUCGCUCUCCUGACAAGCCCGGCAAGGGCUCUUAUUGGACCCUGCACCCGGACUCUGGCAACAUGUUCGAGAACGGCUGCUAUCUACGACGUCAGAAGCGCUUCAAGUGCGAGAAACAAGCCGGGGCGGGUGGCGGGGGCGGAGGGGGGGGCGGAGGCGUAGGCAAAGGAGGUCCAGACAGCAGGAAGGAGCCCCCGGGAGGUUCCAGCACAAGCUCCAACUCCCCUUUGCAUCGCGGGGUGCAUGCCAAAUCCUCCCAACUGGAAGGCUCCCAGGCGUCGGGACCUGCGGCCAGCCCCCAGCCUCUGGACCAUAGUGGGGCAGGGGCGACAGGGGGCGCCCAGGAGCUAAAGACUCCGGCCUCUGCGGCCCCGCCAAUCACCUCUGGGCCAGUGGCUCUUGCCUCUGUGCCCCCCUCCCACCCAGCACAUGUCUUGACACCCCACGAGUCCCAGUUGCACCUGAAAGGGGACCCCCACUACUCCUUCAACCAUCCCUUCUCCAUCAACAACCUUAUGUCUUCUUCCGAGCAACAGCACAAGCUGGACUUCAAGGCUUACGAACAGGCUCUGCAGUACUCACCUUAUGGAGCAGGGCUGCCAGGGAGCCUGCCCCUGAGCAGUGCCUCCAUGGCCGGGAGGAGCACAAUUGAGCCUUCAGCUCUGGAGCCUUCCUACUAUCAAGGUGUGUAUUCCAGACCGGUCCUAAAUACUUCUUAG